AUAGAGAUAGAUAGAGAUAGACUGAGACAGGGGGAGGGCGGGGAGCGGCCCCGCCGCGCUGCACGCACGCAGCAGCCGCUCGGCACCGAGGCACGCGGGAGGCGCUCGGCCGAACCCCGCAGCCCGUUCCGCCGUUCCCCGCUUCGGGGGCGGCUGUGCCCGGCCGAGCCUCCAUCUGCAGCCCGGCGGCUGGAGCGGGAACAUGGCGGACCUGGAGGCUGUGCUGGCCGACGUCAGCUACCUGAUGGCGAUGGAGAAGAGCAAAAGCACGCCGGCAGCACGGGCCAGCAAGAAGAUCACGCUGCCCGAGCCCAGCAUCCGCAGCGUCAUGCAGAAGUACCUCGAGGAAAGGGGUGAAUUAACCUUCGACAAGAUCUUCCAUCAAAAAAUAGGAUUUUUGCUCUUUAAAGACUAUUGCAUGAAUGAAAUCGAUGAAGCCGUCCCUCAGCUGAAGUUCUAUGAAGAGAUCAAGGAGUACGAGAAGCUGGACUCGGAGGAGGAGCGCCUGAGCAGGAGCCGCCAGAUCUACGACACGUACAUCAUGAAGGAGCUGCUCUCCUGCUCCCACCCUUUCUCCAAACAAGCUGUAGAUCACGUACAAACACACUUAUCCAAGAAGCAAGUGCCAGCCAGCCUUUUCCAGCCAUAUAUAGAAGAAAUCUGCGAUAGCCUCCGAGGGAAAAUAUUCCAGAAAUUUAUGGAAAGUGACAAGUUUACUAGAUUCUGUCAAUGGAAAAAUGUAGAGCUAAAUAUUCAUCUGACCAUGAAUGACUUUAGUGUACAUAGAAUAAUUGGAAGAGGGGGAUUUGGUGAAGUGUACGGUUGCAGAAAAGCAGACACUGGAAAAAUGUAUGCAAUGAAAUGUUUAGAUAAGAAGAGAAUCAAGAUGAAGCAAGGAGAAACAUUAGCCUUAAAUGAAAGAAUUAUGCUGUCUCUUGUCAGUACAGGAGACUGCCCUUUCAUAGUGUGUAUGACCUAUGCCUUCCACACCCCCGACAAACUUUGUUUCAUUCUGGACCUGAUGAAUGGAGGAGAUUUGCACUACCACCUCUCCCAGCACGGAGUGUUUUCAGAAAAAGAAAUGAGGUUUUAUGCUACUGAAAUCAUCCUGGGCUUAGAACACAUGCACAAUCGCUUCGUGGUAUACAGAGACCUAAAGCCUGCAAAUAUCUUGCUGGAUGAACAUGGGCACGUAAGGAUAUCAGAUCUGGGGCUGGCCUGUGAUUUCUCCAAAAAGAAGCCACACGCGAGUGUAGGUACCCAUGGAUACAUGGCUCCAGAGGUGCUGCAGAAGGGAACGGCGUAUGACAGCAGUGCCGACUGGUUCUCAUUGGGCUGCAUGCUUUUCAAGCUUCUGAGAGGUCACAGUCCUUUCAGACAGCACAAAACCAAAGAUAAGCAUGAGAUCGACCGGAUGACGCUCACCGUGAAUGUGGAGUUACCAGAUUCCUUUUCUCCUGAACUAAAAUCCCUUUUGGAAGGGCUCCUGCAGCGCGACGUUAGCAAGAGGCUUGGAUGCCAAGGGAGAAGUGCACAAGAAGUAAAAGAACAUCCUUUCUUCAAAGGGAUUGAUUGGCAGCAAGUAUAUUUACAAAAGUAUCCUCCCCCAUUGAUUCCUCCCCGAGGAGAAGUAAAUGCAGCAGAUGCUUUUGAUAUUGGGUCGUUUGAUGAAGAGGACACUAAAGGCAUUAAGUUGCUCGAUAGUGACCAGGAGUUAUAUAAGAACUUCCCACUGGUAAUAUCGGAGCGUUGGCAGCAAGAAGUAGCAGAAACUGUUUAUGAUGCAGUAAAUGCAGACACGGAUAAAAUCGAGGCCAGAAAAAGGGCUAAAAAUAAGCAGCUUGGCCACGAGGAAGAUUACGCCCUUGGGAAGGAUUGCAUUAUGCACGGGUACAUGCUGAAGCUGGGGAACCCAUUCUUGACUCAGUGGCAGCGGCGUUACUUUUACCUCUUCCCAAACAGACUUGAAUGGCGGGGAGAAGGAGAGUCCCGGCAAAACCUGCUGACAAUGGAACAAAUAGUGUCUGUUGAAGAAACGCAAAUUAAAGAUAAGAAAUGCAUCCUGCUGAGAAUUAAAGGAGGAAAGCAGUUUGUCCUGCAGUGUGAGAGCGACCCCGAAUUUGUUCAGUGGAAGAAAGAGCUGACAGAAGCUUUCACUGAGGCACAGAGGUUGCUGCGCCGGGCGCCCAAGUUUCUCAAUAAAUCUCGUUCGACGGUCGUAGAGCUCUCAAAGCCGCCACUCAGCCACAGGAAUAGCAAUGGUCUGUAGGAGGGGGAGAGAACAAGUCUCGCUUAGGGAAAGCUACUGCGUGAACGCGUUGAGUUUCACAGAAUCCUUAUGAAUUACUUUGUGCAGCCCUGGAAGUGGGAUGUGCUCAGAAGAGGAAGAAUUAGAUGUUUACAGCAUGGGGUAAUGUCAGAACUCUGACUCUGGAGGUGGUGAAGUCUGGAACAAUGGCAAGUGAAUUCAUGCUCCUAGCAGAGGUGGAAACUCUCAAACGUAGAGGCUGCAUUUUGCUCCCAUGCAUCCCCGCACCCCGGCGGUGCCCGGAAUGGUCUGUUAUGCUGGAACUACUGAUGGAAGGAAGCUGUUGUCCCUGCAAUACCCUUGUUUGGUGCAUACCAAGCCUGGAAACUGCAAUGGUUACUGCUAGCUAAGGUUACACGUUGUGUGUAACACCGACCAACCCCUCAACUUCGGAAGGAGCUGCAGACUUGCCCUGUUGGAUCACCUUUAAUCUGUCGUGUUGCCAUGUCCUUCCCAGCUGUUACUGCUGACUCUAUAAUAACCUUUCUCCAUACUGCUGAUGAUCAACAGUGUGACUCUUAUGCACUUCAAAGUACUGAAUUCUAACUGUCCUGUGGUUUAAAUGUUAUUGCUACUUCAUGGAAACAUUGAACUCAGAUUAUUCACUUGGUUUGUUGUACUCACUAAAUAGUAGCUACCACCAUUUUGCUUCUUCUACGUAUAUGCAGUACUAUAACUGACACAAUAGAGUAAUAAUUGGUGAAGAGGAAUUUAUGGUAGCUUCAUCUAGUGCUCUGUUGUAUAAAUUGACUGUUUUAGCACAGUUUUUAAAGAGCAGAUUCCUUUUGACAAGUUUACAGCAAACAUAAAGACAGUUCUUUUCCAUUUCAGGUCAACUGCACUUUUUAAAGAUUAAAAACAAAAGAAAGAAAAAGAGAAAUUAUUCAAAUCCAAUGCAUUUCUAGUGCAUGUACUGGGUGAAAAGGUCUGGGGACCUUGGUACGUAUUCCGGAUUACUCUUCACUUAUGGGAUGCGUGGAUCCUUCUCUGUUGUGCACCACAUAUGGCAGGUGUGUGCUUGUAGCAUAGCUAGUCCAUCUGCUCCCUGCAGCCCAGCUCAGGAGUUCCGUGUGUGCAUCACACAGUUUGGAUGGCAACAGGACUUUUCUCUCUCUUUUUUUUUUUUUUACUUCUCUUUCCUAGAGAAAUCAAAAACGUCCACGUUGAAAACAGUCUGGGAAGGCUGAGGAUGGAACGUAGCAAAUGAGCUGAGCAAAUGGCAGAGCCUCCUGAAUACUGCUUGAGACAUCGGUCGUGUCACGUGGAAACUCUUUAACUUGACCAAGUGAAGACUCUCUAAUUGUUAGGUGACUCAAAGCACGUGGUGUCCACCUUUCUCUGGUUGCUGUGGUGUCAGGGCUGACCUGGAGCUUUUUUUUCCCUCUUUUCCUGCCAUAGGAAUCGCUUUCUGCCCUGUUAUGGAGGCACAACUCGCAUGGGCCCUGCAGGUGGUGGGAAGUGCCUCUGUAAGAGGUGCUCUUUUUGCCCUUACAUGGGAGGGAGCCCCUCACUGCUGCCAUGUUCCCACGGAAGGUGUGUUGCCCUUGGGAGGGAAUCCCUGGGAGCCAGUCUAUAUCUUGGUGUGUGUUUUUCCCAUUUAUUUUUUGAGUUACUCUCUAAAGGAGCUCAGAAUUCUCCAGCCUUGCUGGUAAGAGAUGCUUAACAUCUCAGCAUCCUCAGGAAGGAGCCGUGCUUGUAUUUACCAAGGGUUGGGAUAGAGAAUCCCAUCAUGCUGGCACUGACUGCACACCACAUGACAUUCUUCCUCCGGUGUCGUGCAUGUUUCGUGUUGGGUUGGAAAGGGAACUCCAAUUAUGAUCAACUCUACUCUCAGCUCUCAUUUGUAUUGCCUUAGUUCAUCACGGGUCCCAUUCAGCUCCUUUGGUCACUAUCCACAGCUGCGUGCUGCUCCAGAUGCAGUGCAGCAAAGCUAUGCCAGCAGGGGAGCAAUGCCCCAGCACCAGGUUGGCACCUACUGACAACACAGCACUGCCGGGCUGUCAGCAGGAGUGCUUUGCAUUGGGGUCUGUGGGUGUUAGCACAGAACAUGGCACUGGGCACCGAGGGCGUGAGGCUCAGGGCUGCUUUGUAUGCAUGGUGACCACAUCGGUAUGGCUCGUUUUGUUUCCUUUUUCUCAAGUUCAGGGAAGUAAAGAUAAAAGAAACGAGAGCUUCGGGCAUCAACAGGGCGAGGUGAAUGAUUAAGCACAGAUUUAUUUAUUUAUUUUUUAAAAACAAUUAGUCUGAAAGUCCCUUUAAGAAAUGAUCCGGACUGAGGACUUUGGCACACAGGGAAUAGUUGCUUACAUUUCAGCACUAAGAGAUGCUAGAUAAACCACGGCGGGCACACGCUGACGCACCCACAUGCCUCCAGCAUUGCAGGGCUUAUCUCUGUCCUCCUCCGGGUCUGAUUGUGUGAGCUCAUAGCAUGGAGGCAGUGGGCUGUGAGGUGGCUGCGGGAUUUAGAUGCUUGCUUGGCUGCAGGUUUGGACUCAGGGGCUUUGAUGGCAGAAGUGUUGGCGCAUCCCAGCGCUGCUGCUGGCGUUGAGUUGGGCAGGUCUCUUCAGAUUGAGUGGUUGUUUUGUGUCUGCAUGGGACUGCUGGGGGGACUUCCCUACGUAACCAAGUGUGGAUGGAGGAGGGGCUGUUGCACAGUGUACAGGGGGAGGUAAAUAGUUGUCACUGUGUCGGUUAAUGUAAGGAAAGAGGUUUCCGUUCUGCAAACGGGAGGCCUGAAAAACGUAUUUUGAGACAGCAUAGCAUUCAUUUUAAUGUUGUAAAGAAAAAAAAACCCAACAAAACCAAGAAGGAAUAUAUCUAAAAUACACAGAGAACAUAUAUAGAUCCAAAUGUCUGAGGAAUUUCGAGGUGAUCUCCCUUUGUUUCCUGUUGCUUCCUAUCCGUGGUGUACAUAUUGUGUGGAUCGGAUACUGUUGUUCCAUUGUAUUUUUGUGUUAAAGGAAUCACCGCAGACUUGGCUUUAUUUUGUUGAUGUAAAAGGUCGCUCUGCUCUGUCGGUAUAUAAAAAACAAACAAACCAAGAGUUCUAUUUUAACAGGAAAAAAAAAAAAAAGAAAAAAAGAAAAAAAGAAAGCUUUUUUUUUUUUUAUAUAUAUAUUAUUUAUUAAAGACGCCUUCCUCCAACUUCUGACAUUCCACAGCACUGCUCCGUGUGCGCAGCUGGCUGCAGGGCGGCGGGGCCCUUUCAGGCAGGAGCUGUCAGCUUUAUUCUGUUUUUCACAUCCUAAAUCCGGCUGCUUUCAGUGCCAUCAACCUGCGUGACGUUGUUGUCGGGGCCGUCUCUGAGUGCAAUGACUCUCAGAUAUCCUUUUCCAACCCACCCCUUCGGUCUGACUGGUAGCUGUAAUUCCCCCUUGAUCGCUCUGUUAGUCUCUGCUGGGUUGAACCGGAACUAAUGGGCCCCAGAUUGGGGCAGAGAAGAGGCUGCUGGGAUGGCUAAAAGGCUUUUUAAUUGGAAGGUUUAAUGAUGGAGCCAGGAGAGACUGUAGGGCACUGGGGAGGAGGAGGUGAGCAUCAGCUCGGAGCUGUUUGUGCUGCGUUGGGUUGGUGUUGGUGCAGAGCUAUGGGAGCAGAUCCCGAGUGCUGCUGGUGACUGGGAUGGGCAGCGGGCUGCGUGCUGGGAGCUGUGCUUUGGGACGGGGUUGAGCGCUGCACUUCUGUCUGUAGCAGAGCUGUCCUGCCCCAGCGAGGUACAGAAAUAGCAUCAGAUAGCUCACCAACCAAAAAUAACCCAGGUUCCCAUCGUGGGCUCCGCAGUUGGAGGAAGAUGUUGAUGCGUUACAGUACGCGCUUUAGAAUUUCCACCCUGUCUUUAUGCAGCUGUUUUGGGGUUCAAAGUGCCAUCCCGAAGGUGAUGUGUUGCUUUGGUGGGCAGGGUCAGGCCUUGUGGACCCAUUAUCUGCUGUAACGUGGAGCAAGGAGCUGUGCUGGUGCAUCAGAGCCCAGCAUGGGGAGCUGCGCACGUGCCGGAGCUGGGUGCUAUGGGGCUGUGCCAUGCUGGCAGUGUGGGGCUGCAGCUGUCUGCUCCCGGCUGCAACAGGCGGCUGUUGGAAGGGGAGGGAGCUGGGAGCACAAGAGAGAGGGGCAACGAGUCUGAAAAACAGAAUAAAGUGAGAGUGUCCUCUGAGAGGCGUUUCCGUCAGCACUGUUCCAGUGCCUAAAUUCAGUCCUUCCAACAAAGGAGCAGAUGCGCACCGAAAGCUACUAAAGAAAUCCAAUGAAGAGAAACCCGUUUUCAGUGUGUAAUUGGAACGGUGAGGAAAGCCAGUAUGUGUAAAUAACUUUAGAUAUUGUAACUAUGAGGAUCACGAUUUGUUUUAUGUACUUGGCUCUUUCAUAUUUAUUGUGCAGAGGAGGUUUUCCCCCCCUAUUCCCCCCCUCCCUACCCGGCCGUGUGCUCCAUAACAUGCCGCACUCGGUUCGUCCCACCAUUAUUUUUAUUAAAGGAUCAUUUGGGGACAGCUAAAACGCUUCUGUGUGUUGGUCAACUGCUCUCAUACAACGAGAACCCCAAUAAAAAACAAGUCAUUGGA